UUGUUAGCUCUCGUAGAAAACCUGCUGUGUAAUACUAGCAGAUUUUCAGUGUACUGGCAACGGCAGUGAAGCUGACGGGAACCGACAAUGCCUGACUAUUUAGGAGAUGACCAGCGUAAACUUAGAGAGGAGGAAAAGGAAGAUAAACCCAUCCGAGCUUUGGAUGAAGGUGACAUUGCGCUCUUGAAAACAUAUGGCCAAAGCACAUACUCCAGACAGAUCAAGCAGGUCGAAGAUGACAUUCAGAAUCUCCUGAAGAAGAUCAAUGAACUCACAGGCAUCAAGGAGUCCGAUACAGGGCUGGCUCCUCCUGCGCUGUGGGAUCUGGCCGCAGACAAACAGACCCUGCAGAGUGAACAACCACUCCAGGUGGCAAGAUGUACCAAGAUCAUCAAUGCGGACUCGGAGGACCCCAAGUACAUCAUCAAUGUGAAGCAGUUUGCCAAGUUUGUAGUGGACCUCAGCGACCAGGUGGCCCCCACCGACAUCGAGGAGGGCAUGAGAGUGGGUGUGGACCGAAACAAGUACCAAAUCCACAUCCCCCUGCCACCCAAGAUCGACCCCACUGUCACCAUGAUGCAGGUUGAGGAGAAGCCUGAUGUGACCUAUAGUGAUGUGGGCGGCUGCAAGGAGCAGAUCGAGAAGCUCAGGGAGGUGGUGGAGACUCCUCUACUGCACCCGGAGCGCUUUGUGAACCUGGGUAUCGAGCCCCCCAAGGGAGUUCUGCUGUUUGGGCCGCCCGGUACCGGCAAGACGCUGUGUGCCCGCGCGGUGGCCAACCGGACCGACGCCUGCUUCAUCCGAGUCAUCGGCUCUGAGCUGGUGCAGAAAUACGUGGGAGAGGGUGCGAGGAUGGUGAGAGAGCUGUUUGAGAUGGCCAGGACGAAGAAGGCUUGUCUGAUCUUCUUUGAUGAAAUCGAUGCUAUUGGAGGAGCUCGUUUUGACGACGGUGCGGGAGGCGAUAACGAGGUCCAGAGGACCAUGCUGGAGCUGAUCAACCAGCUGGACGGGUUCGACCCGCGCGGCAACAUCAAGGUUCUGAUGGCCACCAACCGACCCGACACUCUGGACCCCGCGCUCAUGAGGCCCGGACGACUCGACCGCAAGAUCGAAUUCAGCCUGCCCGACCUGGAGGGUCGUACUCACAUCUUCAAGAUCCACGCCCGCUCCAUGAGUGUGGAGAGAGACAUCCGCUUUGAGCUGCUCGCACGCCUCUGUCCCAACAGCACUGGUGCUGAGAUCCGCAGCGUGUGUACCGAGGCGGGCAUGUUCGCCAUCCGCGCGCGGCGCAAGAUCGCCACAGAGAAGGACUUCCUGGAGGCGGUCAAUAAGGUCAUCAAGUCCUACGCCAAGUUCAGCGCCACCCCACGCUACAUGACCUACAACUAAUAAAACACAACACACUC